GCACUCGCUGGCGCACGCCUUGGCCACAAGUGGGCGCGCUAACGACGCCCGUAGCUGAGCAUGCGCGCUCCCUGCGCCAGGAGGGGAGGAGGCUCCGGGUUCCCGUCUGCCCUGGUUCCGUAGCUGGGAGAAGAGCCGUGGGGAAGUCGCCGUACCGGGCCGGGGGGAACUGCCGGCGCAUAGUGGGCCGCAUUGGAGUUAGCGCACCGGGACCUACCCCCCCACUUCGUCCACCGGCAACAUGGUCAUGGCGUAUUUCGUGGAGAAUUUCUGGGGGGAGAAGAAUGGCGGCUUUGAUGUGCUGUACCACAACAUGAAACAUGGGCAGAUAUCUACUAAGGAGCUGUCGGAAUUUAUACGGGAGAGAUCAACAAUAGAAGAAGCUUAUUCCCGAUCGAUGACCAAACUCGCCAAGUCUGCAAGCAAUUACACACAGCUUGGGACUUUUGGGCCAGUUUGGGACGUCUUCAAAACCUCAACAGAAAAGCUUGCUGGCUGUCACCUAGAACUGGUCCGAAAGUUACAGGAAUUCAUAAAAGAACUUCAGAAGUACGGGGAAGAGCAACUGAAGGCUCAUAAAAAGACAAAAGAGGAAGUUUCUGGAACCUUGGAGGCGGUACAGAACAUUCAGAGCAUUACUCAAUCCCUGCAGAAAGCCAAGGAGCUAUACAACAUCAAGUGUGUAGAGUAUGAGAAACUGAAAAAGGAAGGAGCAGCCCAGAAAGAGAUAGAAAAGGCAUCAAUAAAAGCCAAAAAAGCCACGGAGAGUUAUAAGGGAUGUGUUGAGAAAUAUGCUGCUGUAAAAUCUGACUUUGAACAGAAAAUGGUGGAGACUGCACAGGUUCAUGAAGACUUCAUAAACAACAUGGCAAACAUCACGGUUGAAAGUUUACUGGAAAAGUUUGCAGAGAGUAAAGGCACUGGGAAAGAGAGGCUUGGUCCGAUUGAAUUUGAGGAAUGCAACACGGCCAUUGCAGUAGAAGGGGUAAAGCAGAAGAAAAGGAAGACAUUUGGUCUUCCAACAAUUAUCAAGAAGGAGAAGGAUACAGAAUCUGUGGAGAAUGCUGAUGCUAGUUCUGGUAAUCUCCCUGCUGUUGAUGAGGAGGGAUACAGUAUAAAGCCAGAAGAAAACCGGAAUUAUAUUGAAGAAAAUAAUGUUGGCUCCUCAAGUGAUUCUGAAGAUGAGGGACCCAAGAAAUUCCAUGUGGAGAUCAAACCUGUGCCACCAAAUAAUGGAUCUCUUCACAAUAUUGCAUCUCUGGAUGAACUACGAGUGUCCAUUGGGAAUAUCUCCUUGUCUCCAGCACCGUCUAGGCAAAGUCCGGCACAAAUGUCCAGGAAUGCAUCAAGUGAAGAGAUGACAAAACUGAAAAUGGGCGGAUCGACAGACAGAGCCAAUAGCGAUCUUCUAGCCUGGGACCCAUUGUUUGGCAAUUCCAUUGAGUCCUCUUCCAGUUCUACAGCUGCACUAAAGGAGCACUUUGGGUGUUCCUUCUUUUCUCCCACAGCUUUGUCCACGAAUAACAUAUCUGAAUUCAGAUUUGACUUCCCAAAUUCUGAUCCUGGAGAUGCAACACAAUCAGAUUUUGGUGCCAACCUAAUUCAUAAUUUUGGCACGGUGAAAACUCAGGUAGAAAACACACAGCCUCUUUAUCCACAGCCUCAAAGGCCGCGAGUAUCUUUAUAUGAAAGCAGCAAAUACAAUAGCACCGGUCGAAAGAAGCUUCAGAGAUUUCAUAGCGCGUUUGAGAAAGUUGACAACAUGCGAUGUUUUUUGUCGGAGAGAACUCUGAGGAGCUAUGCUUUUGAAGACAGUAUAGGCUUGUCUAACGCCAACUAUUGUCUUGAUGAUGUAUUCCUUGAAGAAAACUCAAAUUCUUCCGAAAAAUCUUCAAAGUCUGCGUCUGUCAACUGUAGCCUAUCUACAGUUCGUAUAAGUAAUGCGUCCCCUCCGGCACGGCCCACGACACCACUUUCUGUUGGUACAAUUGUACCGCCACCAAGGCCUCUAUCCAGACCAAAGCUUUCUGCUAGCAAACUCGGUGGAAUAAAUGAAAUUCCUCGGCCAUUCAGCCCUCCUGUAACCUCUAACACUAGUCCGCCCCCCUCAGCCUCACUGCCUCGUACAGAAAGCUUGUCUUCAAUAUCCUCAUCUGCUUCAAUCAGCGCGGCAAAUACUCCAACCUUCGGUAUAUCCCGUGGCCCCAGCCCUGUCACCUUAGGAAGCCAGGACACUCUGCCUGUGGCUGUAGCACUCUCUGAAUCUGUUAAUGCGUACUUCAAAGGAGCGGACCCAGCAAAGUGUAUUGUGAAGAUAACUGGAGAUAUGACAGUGUCCUUUCCAACUGGAAUCAUUAAAGUGUUCACAAGUAACCCCUCUCCGGCAGUGCUUUGCUUCAGGUUAAAAAACACCAACAAGCUUGAGCAGAUUCUACCAAAUACACAACUAUUAUACAGUGAUCCAUCACAGAGCGACAGUAACUGUAAAGACUUCUGGAUGAAUAUGCAAGCAGUUACUGCCUACCUCAAGAAGUCCUCUGAGCAGAACCCGUCUGCCUCGUACUAUAAUGUGGACAUCUUAAAGUACCAGGUGUCAUCAAAUGGGAUACAGUCCACCCCUCUGAACCUCGCCACCUACUGGAAGUGUAACCCUAGCACUACCGAUGUCAGACUAGAUUAUAAAUAUAACCCCGAGUCUAUGGCCGUGCCCAGUACAUUAUCUAAUAUACAGGUUGUGGUUCCAGUGGAUGGAAAUGUCACAAACAUGCAGUCCCUCCCUACUGCAGUAUGGAAUGCUGAACAAAUGAAAGCCUUCUGGAAGAUAUCUGUGAUUUCAGAAAAGUCUGAAAAUGGAGGAUCUGGAUCACUCAGGGCAAAAUUUGAUCUAGCAGAGGGACCCAGUAACCCAAGCACGCUGGCAGUACAGUUCAUGAGUGACGGGGGCACACUGUCAGGGGUGGACAUUGAGCUUGUGGGAACAGGCUACCGCCUUUCGUUAGUAAAAAAGAGGUUUGGCACAGGAAAAUACAUGGCUGACUCUUGAUUUUAAUGUCGUUUGUUAUUUUAUUUUUUUAAUUCUGGGAUUUAAGCAAACAGAUCCUUGUUAAUUUAUCGGAAAUCUUCCACAUGCUGUUUUAAUUAUAGAUCUAUUAUAUAUAUAUAUAAAUAUAAAUAUAUUUUAAUUCUUGUUUAGAAGGUAUUUCUAAAUUGCUGCCAACUACAAAGCAUAAAAAUGCACUUUUUUAUGAGUCUUUUUCUGGAAUAUCUUUUUGGACGAUGUAGCACUGAAGUCUUCUGCAGUUGUGGUUACAAUUCAGCAUAUGUUUGUAUUUGUAUAAAGACAAGACUUGACUACACAGCCAUUUUGUAUCCAAAACCAUCACCUGUUACAUUUUGUAACAUCCAUAAUUUGUCAAGAGCAAUCAAGUAUACAUAUAUACAAUGUUUUAUAUACAUGUAAAUAGUCAAUACAGUUUUAUUAUUUAACAUCUCGUUCAUUCUGACAAGCCCUACUGUACUAUCAAUUCAGGGUAUGGUUUGCAGCCAAAGUGAACACGUCACUUGAACAUAGUGAUGGCGGCCAUGUUGCGAGCUGGUCCAGCAUUGGUAACAAAAACACGGUGUAUGAUCUCACUAUGACAUCACUUAUGCAUGAUACACAAGGAGAGUGAAUAUUGGGCACCCUCGCUGUAAGUUGUAGAGUCACUUUAUCUCCAGUAUACAUCUUGCCAUGUUGUACAAGAUCAUUUAUAUUCAGUCUGUUUCCUUAUUUCCAAAAGGGGGCAUGGUUUUCUAUAAGUAAAAAUGAAAAAAAUUCUGUGGAUUUGUGUACCUCACUGUUAACGUAAAAGACAUGUCAUGGAUAAUUUCAACGUAAGUGCAAUUACAAAAAUACAAAAGGAAUAGAAUAAGGCAACAGGGCUUUUAUAAUGUCUGCGUCAGUGAAGUUAUUUUUGUAGGGCCAUUCUUUUUAUGCAUUAACAUCUGUGCCUUUCCCCGUAUGUUCCUGUUCCUACUGUUCUUAUUUAUGGUUUACUGAACUAUAAGGGCUAGUUUAUUCUGGUGUAUGCAAACUAUGACAUGCCAUGUACAGACCUCACUGUUUUUAAAGCCUAGUCAUACAUCAGGGUUAUUCUGAGGGUUAAUAUUAAUUGCCCUUUAGAUGAGGAAUAGAGGCCUGACAGAUACAUUGGCAAAUGCUUAUUGUCAGAGAUACAACAAAAGCACACAUGUAUAGUGUGGGAGCUGGGAAAAUGGCUUAUGGUACAAAGUAAUCCAAUUUUAUUUUUAAAAAAUGUACCCAAUACAUAGUCACAUCUACUGUAUAUAGGUAUAUUGCCCAGGUAUUAGGAAGGCACCAGCCUGUUGUCUGACUAAUUUUGAUUCAUUCACUUAUCUUUCAUCAUAUAACUUAAGUAACUGUAUUGUCUACGUAUUGCCUGACUUUUCAGAAGCAACAUUUACCAUUUAAUCUUCGGUUUUGUUUCCGUUUCCAUGAAACAGGUCCUUAUUUUUAAUUUUUUUUUAUUUCUGUUAAAAUUUUUCCAUAAUCUUUCUCCCGAUAAUGCAAACUAUUUAUUAAACACUUAAACAUUUUUAUAUUAUACAAUAUUUUACAGCAGUUUGGCAAGAGCUACAUGAAAGUUCUAUAACCUUGAGAUAGAAGUUGCACUACACAAGAGUUACUGCUAACAUGUGUGCAUUCAGCUAUAUAGCAAAUACAGUAGCAAUACACCACCAAUGCCCCCAUAAUCAGCAAUUGGACAGGGAGGCUGCCUUCAUUCUCUCAUUGGCUUACAUGCAGCAAAUCUGCUGUGCUUCUUCCAAGACCAGAACUUGUAUCUGAAAUGUGUUAAUAUGUUUACUUUUAUACUGCAAAUGCCAAAUUUGUGUGUUGUUGUGUGUUUAUGUAUUGUAUGUAUUGUUCUCUACGAGUGCUGCUGCCAUUCUUUUAUUCCUAUCUGCCUGUCUAUCUAUAUACAUAUAUGUAUGUGUGUGUAUGUAUAUAUAUAUAUAUAUAUAUAUAUAAAUCUGUGUGUAGAUGCAUAUUAUUUAUAUUGCUGUAAUUAACCCCUCAGUCCCCUCCCCCCUCUCUGCUUGUAUCUCUCUCUCUCUCUGUCUACAUAUAUUUACAAAUCACACUCAUUCAAUAUGCUAUUGUUAACAUGAUAGAAUUUAUAAUAUAUCAUUUUUUAGUUUAGUUAUCCUUUAGAAGGGAACCUUAUACCUGUGGAUUGGGGUGGGUCUUUUUUCCAACUCAACAUGUACUCGUCCGUGUACAUCCGAUUCAGAAUUCCUGUGAAAGUCUGCAUAGAAAGGCUUUUAUUUUAUGUACAAUGUAAUGUAGACAAUCCAGCUGAGCUUGGUGGGAUGGCGGACAUUUUUUACUAAACAAGUUUAAAGGCGAACGGGUGAUAAAAAAUAACAGUACCGUUUGUUAUUAUCCUUUUAAAUGUGAUCAAAAACUUGCUAGAAUGAUCUUAAAUUGAAUUUCACACACUUGCUAAUAGCCCCUAGUCAUUAUAACAUGAUUCAUGCAUUACUAAUGGUCAUACAUUACCAAUUGUCUUAUGUAGUCAAACAUCUGUUCAAAGAAAACUUGAACCACUACUUUAACUAUAUCCUGCAGAUGCCUAAUCAUAAUUACACUAACACACAAUCAACUUUCCAUUACUCAGCAAUAAUUAUACUUUAUCAUUUAAUCACUGUAAAAAGAGAAUUAAAGAAAAGUCUGAUUUUAGCAAUAAGGCUUCACAAUAGAACAACUAUCUCUUUGAAGGCCGACAUGUUUAUAUCAUUUUAUUUUACAUUUUAUUUUACAGUUUAAAAAGCUAAUAAUUGUGUGUAAUCUAUAUUGUAAUCUGACCUGUAACUAUCCGAAGUAAAAUAUUUCUCAAAGACCGUACAACAAAAAUAUUGAAUGUAAAUUCAAAGCAUAGUUUUGGUGUAUGUGUGUAUAUGUAUGUAUGUAUGUAUAUAUAUAUAUAUAUAUAUACAUAUAUAUAUAUACACACACACACACACACACACACACACACACACACACACACAUAUGUCCUUGUGUUUUUAGCACUUUUAAUUCUACAUAUUCAAAUAAGUAUUAGUUAUAAGAGCAGGUUACAAUAUUGGAGCCAUACAGAUUUAUCUGGGAAUUUUCAGUAGUGAAUGAAUUUGAGUCUACAGGUCGAUGCUGGUAUCUGCCAAAUGUUGUGUUUAGCGAGCUGGCUCUUGCUUCUGUACACAGUGAUAUCCUCGUAGCUGCCUCUUGUUUAGACAAAUUUUUAAACACUGAAUGCUAAAGUACACCUGAAUUUUUAUGGAAUGUUCUUACUUUUGAUUGUAAAUUAAAGCAAAACAAGUAUAUCUUACAAAAACUGUAAAUAUUUUUGAUUUUUUUUUUUCCACAAUGUACAUUUUACAAAAUAUGUUGCAUAUGUAAUAAACAUG